AUGCUCUCCACUUCAUCCCAGCCUUCUCCAGAGUGUGUUCCAGCUGUGGCCCAAGGGCGCUUUUUUGAGCAGUGGAAGGAUUAUUUGAAUCUUUCCAGAGUUGUGAUGGAGAUUGUUGAGGAACGGAAGAAGCCUCCUCCUUCUCCUUGGAAAGACCCCUUGAAAGUCAUCGUUCUGCAUCAGGUGAACGGCAGCGACAACAGCAGGAUCCACAGUUCCAAGAAGGGCAUCCGCAAAAGAGACCCCCAGCCCGUUCAACCGACCCCGCAAGGGAUUUGCAACUUUUGCAAGCACAACGGAGAGUCCAAGAAGGUCUAUUCUUCUCACACCUUGAAGAGAGCCGAUGGUGUGGUGGUCUGCCCCAUUCUACGCAAUUACACCUGCCCGCUUUGUGGGGCCACCGCCGACAAGGCCCACACGCUGAAAUACUGCCCCCACAAUAAGGCGAAGCAAUCCUUGUACCGCAGAAGCGGGCGCAACUCGGCUGGACGCCUGAUCAAGAGAUAAAGUGACACCCGCAAGGGGAGCCCCCCCUCCCCAAUCCGUAUCAUGGAAAAGCGGAAUAUAGAGAGAGAGGGGAAAAAAAGUUAAACGCCGGGAGAGCGGAUGGCAAGAAGGAAAGGCACCACCUAAGAUUUGGAAGGAAAGAAAUAUACCAGGCAGUAAACUGGGUUUCCCGCAUUUGCAGUUCUUCAAAAAUCAUAGUUGCAAAAGAGGAGACAGCUUUGUUUUUUUAAAAAAGAGGAAGAUUUGUGUAUUUCAACUGCCCCAGAAUUCAGUUUCGGAUAGAAACAAGCAGGACUCUGUUUUCCAAAAUUAAACCUGUAAGUUCAGAAGUCCUUUUUUGUUUGUUUGUGAUCGUCCUGAAUUAUGCUCAAAGGA